UAUUCGCUUGCCCAUCCAUUCCACCGGCACGCACGACCUCACCCGCCACCGCCAGUCGCCACGCCGCAAACCCCCCGCACCAAGCAAACCCGAACCAAGGAGGGAGGAGGCGGGCAGAGGCCGGGCGCGAUGGGGUGCGGGCCGUCCAAGGAGGACGCCGAGGGCGGGGCCGCGUCGCGGUGCCGGGAGCGGAAGCACCUGCUGCGCGCCGCCGUGCGGGCGCGCCACGCGCUGGCGGGGGCGCACGCGGGCCACGCCGCGGCGCUGCGCAACGUCGGCGCCGCGCUCACUGACUACGCCGCGGGGGAGGCCGACCGCCACGACGCCGCCGUCGUGCCGCGCUCCGCCUCCGCCGCGGCCGCGCUCGGAGGAGGAGGCGCCGCGGUGGCCGCGGCCGCGCUCAAGGCGCUCCCGCCGCCGCCGCUCGACGCCGUGCUCCCGCCGCCCCCGCCGCCCGAGGGCGAGCCCCCCGCCGCGCCGCUGCAGCGGUCGAUGAGCGCCCCCGACAUCCCGCUGCAGCCGCCCGUCCGGAAGGCCCGCUCCGGGGAGGCGCCCAUCAUGGAGGAGGAGGAGGACGGCGACGGCGAGGGCGACACCGCCCCGCCGCGGCGCCGCCGGGAGGAGGACGACACGCAGCUCCCGCCCCCGCCGCCUCUGCCGCCGGCGAACGUGCCCCCGCCCUCGCGCUCCCCGCCGCCCGUGCCCGCGCCGGAGGCGGCCCGCGGCGAACAGGCGCCGCGGGAGGGGAGUUUCCUGAACGACUACAUCUUCGGCUCCCAUGACGACGCCGUGCCACCGCCGCCGCCGCCCAGGCUGGACGCCCCCGCCGAGCCGUCGUGGGCGGCCGAGCGGAGGGAGCCCGCGCCGCCGCCCGAGCCCGAGAAGCGGCCUCCGCCGCCGGAGGAGGUGGUGGCCGAGGGCAAGAGGCUGGCGGUGGAGUCCCCCGCGGCGCGCCGGGCGGCGACGCAGAAGGCGUCGAGGAAGGCGGAGGGCAAGAAGGCCAGGGUCGCCAUGGUCACGCCGCAGCCGGUCAGGCUGGACGACGUCCUGCGCAAGCUCGACAAGCACUUCCUCAAGGCGUCCGAGGCCGCGCACGAGGUGUCCAAGAUGCUCGAGGCCGCGCGGAUGCACUACCACUCCAACUUCGCCGAGAAGCGAGGAUUUGUUGACCAUUCUGCAAGAGUGAUGCAAGUCAUCACUUGGAAUCGCUCAUUUAAAGGGAUCCCCCAACCACAGAAUGUCAAGAAUGAGUUGGACGAUGAUGAAUGGGAGACGCAUUCUACCGUACUUGAUAAGUUGCUUGCAUGGGAGAAAAAAUUAUGCCAUGAAGUGAAGGAAUUCGAGGUUAUCAAAGUGACAUAUCAACGAAAGCUAGCUGUUCUAAACAGGAAAAAGCAACGUGGUGUUAGUUCUUCAUCAAUCGAGAAGACCAAGUCCAUAGUUAGUCACUUGCACACAAAAUAUAUAGUUGAUUUACAAACGAUGGAGUCAACCAUUGCAGAAAUUAACCGCCUAAGAGAUCAGCAGCUUUACCCGAAGCUCCUUGAACUAGUGAAGGGGUUGUGGCAAAUGUGGGACGUUAUGUACACUCAACACAAACUACAGCUAAGGAUCAUCACAGAGCUCAAAUCUUCUGAUAUCUCGGUUGCUGCUCGGGAAACAAGUGAGCAACACCAUGAGCGAACUGUGCAGUUGUGGAACGUUGUUCAGGAGUGGCACACACAAUUUGACAAGUUUGUGACAUACCAGAAGGAGUAUGUAGGAAGCCUCUACAGCUGGAUCAAGCUAAAUGUAAUCCCCAUUGAUACCAACCUGAAGCCAAACUCAUCUCAGCCACAUGAGACCACACCUCCAAUCAAGAGGCUGCUGCAUGGUUGGCAUGAUAUGCUUGAGAAGCUCCCAGACGAUGCUGCAAAGAAGGCCAUACACAGGUUUGCGGAGGUGGUGAACACGAUCCUAGUUCAGCAGGAGGAUGAACUGAAGCUGAGGAUAAAAAUCGAGGAGACUAGGAGGGAUCGUGAUAAGAAGAGAAGGCAGUUCGAUGACUGGGCGCAGAAAAAUUGGGACAGAGGAGCAAGUAUUCCUGAUGGCAACAAUCCUGGGCGUGCUGACCCAGCGGCGGAACGGAAAGCCGUGGUAGAUAGGGUGGAGACUGCACUGAAAGACCUGGAAGAUCAGUAUAAGACCCAAUGCAGGGUAGUCAGGGAUAAGUCCCUCAAUCUCCUCCGGUCGAACCUGCCGGAGCUUUUCCGCGUUGUGUCAGACUUCUCCCUCCAGUCAGCAGGGUAUUUCAAGGGCUUGUGGUCGAUGGCGCAAACAAGUGACCAGCUGGAUGAUUGACCUGUGGGUGCCCGCUAUAUUUUGCUGUGGUGGCUUUUGUAUGUAUGUGUUGAAUUGAAUGUUGAUAGCUUGAUCUGUUGUUAUAUGUCAGUUUUGAGUUGCAGUUGUGCCAAAGGUGAAAGGAUGGCUGGCUCUGGUUCUUUUGGAGCUAUUCUGUUGUAAUGCAAAAUAUAGGUAUAGAAGCUCUAUAUAAUGUUGGAAAUGCGACUUAUGAUUUUGUAAUUUUUGUUCUUGGUUAUGACUAGUAUGUAUAGGUUUAGAUCAUGGCAUCUUGCAGCAAAACAAGGAGCACGUCUGCUUGGUUUAUCAUCCUUGUUUUAUUCCGCUUCUAAACAUGAUGACAAAACUAGUAUUGCUGUCCA